GCCCUGGCGCCCCUACCCCAAGUAGUAACAGUCGGCGUUACCUGUGUUUAGUCAGACUGUUAUCGUUGGAGGAGCCAACACGUCCGCGUUAACGUAGCCGACCUUAUAUAAGGAGGUACCACCGAGUUAUUCGUUUUCAUUGUGCCUGCCGCUCCGUUUUCGGGCAUUUCAGUCACACAAGAUGAGGCUUACGGGCAACAAAUACUUCGUCCUACUGGGUCUGCUCAUGAUCCUCGAGAUAAGCAAUGCAAGCGCUCCAGUUCGUCGCAGACGCAGCGAUAGCAGCAGCAGCAGCAGCAGCGAGGAAGGCGGUGGCGGUUCCGGCGGUGGCGGUUCCGGCGGUGGCGGCUCUGGGGAUAAUGGCGGCAUAAUUGGAACCACCCAGAACGUGGUGGAGAAGAUUCCUCUGCUGGGAGGCCCACUCUCCAGUGGAAUUCAGAAGGGCGUGGACGGAUGGCACUACAGCCAGGACCUCACCAACGGCGCCAUCGGCCGCGUCCUCGGUGGGGCCUUCCCCUGCACCCUUGACCUCGACUCCUUCAGAUGCUCCGGUGUGUCCACGACGAGUGAUAUCUCCGACCUCAUUGAGAGCAUCCUCGACCCCAUCCCCUGGGUCAUGCUGCCCGGACCCUUCAAGAGUCUCAUUGUGUUCUUAGUGGACGCCUCAUGGGCACCUUUCAUGGAUCUCUUGUUCGGUGGUGUCAAGCAGUAGUUUUUCGGAAUUUGUUAUACUUGUCAUUGAUGCGUUUUGUAUUGGGAACGGGGAGAUGUCGUUCUGAUGUUGCUUAGGGUUGAAGUAAUUGUUAAUGUUUAUUCCUUUUUUCUCCUUUAAUUGAUUGUAAAUGGAUAAUUGAAAUAAAUGGGUACCACUUUGCAAGAUA